AUGCUGAAACUGGACAAAAAAUGCACCCUCACUGGAAAACGGGCAGCAUUCCCUUGCACAUACCAUGCAAUCCAUGUUAAAGGAGUGGGCCAUCAUUUCCUGAUGAUUCAGAAGGAAACCCACCAGUGCCAGUGUGACAGUGGAUAUAUUGGUCAGAAGUGUGACCUGUCCUUGCUGGAUAACCAGGGGACUGCAAACUGGUACAAUGUCAGUGCUUCAGACCCCAAAUUUACCCCACGGAGUGCUGCAGCAGGGGUGUUCUUGAAUACCACGAAUGCUCUUUACAUCUUUGGAGGGUUUGAUUUGAAUACAGCCCUUGGUGACUUGGUUCUGUACAACUUCACCACAAACAGCUGGGAGCGCAAAGUCCUCAGUCCAUCGCCGGCUCCAAGACACUCUCAUGUGGCAGUUGAAUGGCGUGGAAACUUGGUUGUGUAUGGAGGAGAACUUGCUAAUGGAUCUCUCGCCAAUGAUGUUUGGCUGUAUAAUCCAUUGAACAACCGGUGGAGAGAGUUGGCACUUUCUAAUUCCCAGAGUCCACCACGACUAGCCAGUCAUGCAGCAGCUCUGGUCAGUGACUGGAUGUAUAUAUUUGGAGGUCGCUCUGAAACAGACACGUUCUCUUCAUCAAUGCACCGUUUCCAUCUGCUUACCUGGAUUUGGGAGGUAAUCUUUCCAGCAGGGGGGAAACCUCCAGCAGCUGCAGGGCAUUCUAUGGUUUAUCAUGCUGCAUCGCGCUCGUUGAUUGUGUAUGGGGGGCACAGACCUUCAACUGCACGUUUCAGCAUACGGGUGAAUAUUACAGAUGUUUUCCAUGUGGAUGCCCAUUUUUGGACUACCCUGAAAUCCAAGCAACCACAACAUGGGCCACGAGAGCGUGCAUUCCACUCAGCCACUGUCAUUGGAAACUACAUGGUGGUUUAUGGUGGAAAUAUUCACAUUCACUACCAGGAGGAGAAGUGUUACGAUGAGGAAAUUUUCUUUUACCACCUUGGCUGCCAUCAGUGGGUGUCUAGUGAAGAAUUGAAUGUUAUACAGAUUCGGGAUGGUCAGGAUGCAAAGUUUGUUCGUGGUCGUUACUCCCAUGUGGCUGCAAUUAUGAAUGGAAAUGUGCUUUUAAUUGCAGGAGGAUACAGUGGUGUUUCUAUGGGUGAUCUGCUUGCCUACAAAGUGCCCAUUUUUGUGUUUCAGGUUCCUGUACAGAAUUACCUUUUGGAUUAUUGCUCUAUGUACACUGGACCAGUCAUCUGCUCUAAGGACCCUGAAUGCACCUGGUGUCAGAGCAGCUGCCGUAGUUACCAGUCUACUAGCAAUUGUCCACAUAGCAGCUGUUUGGGAAUGGCCCCUCUUCUUCCAGACUGUCAGUCCUGCUUAGUGUUCAGCAAUAGUAAUGCCUCCGUCCCACAGGCUUCAGGUAUCUUUGGCUGGUGUGUCCAGAACGAGUCGUGUAUGUUGGUGUCAGAUGAAAGUAACUGCCGGGUGGAUCGGAUCUCAGAUGCUUAUGGCUGGUGGGGAGAGAAGACUACAUUUAUUCCUUUGCUGGAAGGGUGUCAGAAGAGCAACUUCUUACCUGGCCUGCACCUUAUUACAUAUCAACGACCACGAAAUGACUCACAGCCAGACAAGGUGUCAAUUGUUCGGACCAGUAGUAUCUCUCUGAAUCCAACUACUGAAAUGGAUGUCUCUCUAGUCUACAAAGGCUUCAUUCAUCCACUAGUGAACAACCCUGCCCCCUCAGAUACUGUGGCCCUUUGGGCUCGGAUCCAGAGGCUAUAUGUAACAGCAAAAGUUGGCCGUGUAGCUAACAGCAUGGAGCUGGAGGAUGUUGGUCAGUGGACUGUCCAGCAGGGGCGGGAAGUCUGCCCUCUUCAACGAAGCAGUGGUGAUCGACUUUUUGGUAAUCUUGAAAGAGGGAAUAAAUAUGUAAUCCAGAUUGAGGGAUACCUCAAUAACUCAGGCAAUGGGCAGACCAGUGAGUUGAUCCUCACCUGGAACCGGACCAGUGUGCCAGGAGGAAGUGAGAUUUCCUUCCUUUUUCUCCAGCCUUACCAGUCAAACAAUUGUGCCUCGUAUCCUUCUUGUCUUGCUUGCCUUGCUGACCAAGGCUGUGGAUGGUGUCCCUUCAGUAACACGUGUCUACAUAGGAUUGAUUCCUUUGGUGAACCAGCCCUCUGCAAUGGUGGAGAGAUGCAUUUAAUCCUAUGGCCUUCCAGCUGCACCUUAUGUGAGGAUUAUAGGGAUUGCAACUCCUGCAGUGAGGACCCCUAUUGUGAGUGGCAGAUUAGCAGCAACAAGAAAGGGGACUUUUUAUGCAGCCGACGGGGGAGGUUACCAGGAGCUAUUCGCUAUCCUGGAAAUUGUCCCAAGCUGUGCAACCAGCGUGCUUCAUGUGGAGAGUGCCUAUCUAACUCAAGUCAGUGUGCCUGGUGUCAGUCUUCCCAGACCUGCUUCUUCUUUGCUGCCUAUCUUGCCAAAUAUCCUUAUGGAGAAUGCCGUGAUUGGUAUGACAGUGUUCAUUCUGUACCUCAAUGUCUAGACUGCUCCAGGUUUAAUAACUGUCGGGAUUGCGUCAGGAACUUUGAAUGUGGCUGGUGUGGAAACACUGAUAAUCCAACCAUUGGCAGGUGUUUGUCUGGUGAUUUCUCCAAUUUGAAAGGCUAUUCCAACUGCUCAGUUGCAAUUUCAGAGACCCUAGGUUUUUCUGUUUCACAGCCUGCCUUGUGGUCAUACAGCAGUUGCCCAGAUGUGGAUGAAUGUAGACUGAAGAUUGCAAAUUGUCAUGCAUUUGCUACUUGUGUGAACACAAUGGAAUCAUUCGAAUGUCACUGCAAUCGGGGAUUUGCUGGAGAUGGAGUGACGUACUGCAAUAAAACAUGUUACAAUGAAUGUAAACAGGGCCACUGUAGUGGACCCCCUAGUUACUCCUGCAUCUGUGACCUGGGCUGGAACUCUAACCUGUCUACUGUUAAUGAGAGUGGUCUAGAGUGUGACAUAGACUGUGGCUGCAACUUUCACAGCACUUGCAGUCAAGGACCAGGCAUUUGUGACAGGUGUCAGGAUUGGACAAUGGGAGACUACUGCCAGUUGUGCCAACCAGGAAGUUAUGGCAAUGCUACACAGAAGGGUGGAUGCCGACAGUGUGCCUGCAAUGGUCAUGGGAUGCCAUCCAUGGGAUAUUGUGAUGUUGCUACAGGAGUCUGCUACUGCACAGAUAAUACUGAGGGGGAACAUUGUGAAAGAUGUGUUUCAGGGUUCUAUGGAGACCCAAGGAACAAUGGGACUUGUUACAGUGAAUGCAAAGGGAGGACUGUUCUUACAAAUAUCACUUCAUCUGCACUAGGCUCACAGAAAGUGAGUGGGACUACCAGUCUUGGACUGUCUUAUUGUGUGUGGGUGCUGUCUACGUCUGACAUCAUGAAACCAUGUCAGCUGGAAACAUGUCCCACGAUCAGUCUCACAAUCCAGCCAGACAUCAACACUUCCUGCACGAAUAAUUAUGUAUAUGUUUUUGAUGGACUGCCUGAAUUCCUGAACAAUGGUAUGAUCCAGUCGGACAGGAAUCUGAUUGGUGCGUUCUGUGGCAGUGGAAGAAAGGAACCAGUGACAGUAGAAGCUUUUUCUGGCCUACUUGUGGUGUAUUAUGAAGCAAAUACCAAUGAAAGUACUGCAUUGAAUGGAUUUAAUGCUACCUAUGUGACAAAUAUUUGCCAGCCAGCUUGUGAGGCUACUCAUGACUGUCAGGGUGGGAAGUGCGUUUGUCGAAGCCCAUAUACUGGCUCAAAAUGUGAGCUGGAGCCUUGUCCAAACAACUGCUCUGCAGAAAAGGAAGCUGGAGUAUGUAAUGAGUUGCUGGGGUUCUGUGUAUGCAGAGAAGGAUAUGCUGGACCAGACUGUAGCAUUUUUGUAGAUUCAGGGAAAAUUGUGUGGGAAAUGCUGCAGGACUCUCAGCUGAGCGCAAGUACUGCCAGUCGGUUUCUGCAGCGCUUUGGGCAUACCUUACUCGAAGGUCCUGAUUUCACACUUUGGAUGUAUGGAGGCAUGUCUCUUCGUGAAGGAAUUCUUGGAAAUGUAUAUAGGUACUCUGUCCCUGAUCAUCGCUGGACACAGAUGCUCACUAGUACAGUAGAUGGAGGGAAUGGUCCUAGACCCAGAUAUUUUCACACUGCUGUACGAAUUUCCUCCAACAAUGCUAUGUAUGUGGUAGGAGGGUUGACGGAUAUUGGUGUCAGUACAGAUUUCUGGAUACUUAACCUAACCACUCUGCAGUGGAAAGAAGAAAAGUCAUCUCUCUUACCUGCUGUGGCUGGGCAUACCCUAACACAACGGCGUGGAUUGUCUUUGCUUCUUAUAGGGGGUUACUCCCCAGAAAAUGGCUUUAACAACAAGUUACUAGAAUACAAUAUUGAAGAUGGGAGUUGGAGUGUGCGUCCCCAGACUGGAACUCCACCAACAGGACUGUAUGGUCAUUCAGCUGUGUAUCAUGAGGGGACAGAUGCUGUGUAUGUCUUUGGAGGCUAUCGUUUUCAUGUGGAAUUAGUGUCUGCUUCCCCAGAGCUGUACAGCUUGCAUUACCCCAACCUGACCUGGAGCUUGUUAGCCCCUUCCCAGGGAAGAAAGCCUCUGUCUCACUUUUUCCAUGUGGCAGCAAUAUUUCGAGACACCAUGGUAGUUGUAGGAGGCAGAACAGAGGAAGAAGAAUUCAGUAACAGUAUCUUAUUUUACCAGAUCAACUGCAACACUUGGAUCCACCCUAAUACCACCAGUGACUCCAUGAUUGGGAUCCCCAUGAAUGAUUCAAUAGCUCAUGCAAUGGCUGCUGUUGGAAAUACACUGUACAUCUCUGGAGGCUUCAGUGGAGUUGCUUUGGGUAGAAUGGUGACGCUGUCAGUUCCAUCUGAUGUCUGCAUGCUCUUCACUACCCCAAAUGCUUGCAAUGAAACCAGCAGCAGCUGUGCCUGGUGCCGCUCUACCUGCUUAUCUGUGGAUACUGCUGAGAAGAAUGGCUGUGUAGUGGGAAAGUCAUCCUGUUUUCCAAUGCCGAGAUCAGCAGAUGAGUGCAGAAGGCUGAAGACCUGCAGUGAAUGUCUUGCUAGACACCCUAAAAUUGUGGGCAUCACCCCAAGACCACUGACUUCCCAGUGUAAGUGGUGCACCAACUGUCCUGAGGGCGCCUGUAUAGGCAGUGAAGGCAGCUGUACUUUGGAGAAUGACUGUCGCAUUAACCAGCGUGAAAUUUUUGUGGCUAGUAACUGCUCUGAGAUAUCCUGUGAGGCGUCUGACUGCCCCAAGUGUACAACAUCUGGAAAAUGCAUGUGGACCCGCCAGUUCAAACGUACAGGAGAGACUAGACGUAUUCUCAGUGUGCAGCCAACAUAUGACUGGACCUGCUUCAGCCACACACUUCUGAAUGUUUCUCCAAUGCCAGUGGAGUCCUCUCCACCUUUACCCUGCCCUUCUCCUUGCCAGAACUACAGCACCUGCAGUGACUGCCUGAGUUCUAAAGGAGCUGAUGGAGGCUGGCAGCAAUGUGUGUGGAGCAUGGGCCUACAACAGUGCAUGAGCCCCACUUACCAGCCAAUGCGCUGUGCAGCAGGAAUGUGUGGACAUGUCCUGAAUGGAACUGACAGCUGCACUCCCUUGUGUGCCCAGUACCAGCAGUGUUCUACCUGCAUCCGUCAACCCCGCUGUGGGUGGUGUGCUGACAGUGGAUUGAAUGGAAGUGGUCGAUGCAUGGAAGGUGGACUUACAGGACCUUUGGAAGGCAGUGGUCAAGUUUGCAGUGGCUUUAUGGUUUGGUGGGCCUUCAUGUCUUGUCCUCCUGAAAACGAAUGUUUGAAUGAUCAUCAUGAUUGCAAUGAGACACAGAACUGCAGUGACAAACUGGAUGGCUUUGAAUGUACCUGCAAGAAUGGAUAUACACUAGACAAUGCAACAGGAUUGUGCAGGCCAGUCUGCGAACAAGGCUGUGUGACAGGUGUGUGUGUGGAGCCCAAUCGGUGCCAGUGCCACUUUGGCUAUGUGGGUCAGAACUGUUCAGUAGAGUGCCAGUGCAACAAGCACAGUAACUGCAUAGGAGUCAAUGCUCAAGACAAAUGCACAGAGUGCUUCAACAACACCAUGGGAUUGCAUUGUGAAAAGUGUAAACCACUCUUUGUUGGGUCAGCAUUAAAUGGUGGAACCUGUAAGCCAUGUCGGGAUUUCUGUAAAGGCAACAGUGAUAUUUGUAUUACUCGAGAUGAAUAUGAAAAGGCUAAGAGAGAUCCCAUACACUUUCCACUUGACCCCCUCAUGAUACCACACUGGGUGUCAGAAGGGCCUGCAGAGGAUACAGCAGUUUGUGUGAAUUGUCAGAAUAACAGCUUUGGAGAGAAAUGUGAGAGCUGUCUGCAUGGAUUUUUCCUGCUAGAGGGGAAAUGCACAAAGUGUCAGUGUAAUGGACAUGCUGACACAUGUAGCGAGAUUGAUGGUACCGGAUGUCCCUGCCAAAAUAACACAGAAACUGGAACAUGCCAAAACACUGCACAAAGUGACAAAAAAGACUGUUACAAAUACCAGUGUGCAAAAUGCAAAGAUUCAUUCCAUGGUAAUCCAGUGAAUGGCCAUCAGUGUUACAGACUGAUUUCUGUUGAGCAAGAGUACUGCUUUGAUCCCACUUCACAGAGCAACUGCUUCCAUGAACCUAACAUAAAGGAUCUUCCUAUGGGGCGCACAGUCUUCUUUGGUGUCCAGCCAAAAUUCACAAAUGUAGAUAUCAGAAUCACAAUUGAUGUGACAUUUGGUGGAGUUGAUGUUUACAUAUCUACCUCCUAUGAUACGUUUGUCGUGGAUGUUAACCGAACUACAGGAAUCCAUACUGUACGGAUCUGGGACCGUAGCAUUGAUAGAGAUGAAGGGUUUAGAGAGCUGCCGCUAGGAGCAAAAUAUCCAAAUGUUACCAGCCUUCCAAUAACAGAAAGGCGAAUUGAAAAUAUCCGGGAAAUGACUACCAAGGGUCUCAUCACUUACCUCACUGUAAACCAUCAGCAGACAAUCCUUAUUGUUAAAAAUGUGACUGACCGUGUUGUCAUCACCUACCCCCAUGAGCUGCACACACUAAAGUCCAGUAGAUUCUAUAUCCUCCUCCUAGGUGUGGGCAGUAGCAAUGCAUCUGAUUCACAAGGCCUCCUCUUCUUUCGUCAAGACCAAGCACACAUUGACCUUUUUGUCUUUUUCAGUGUAUUCUUCUCCUGUUUUUUCCUUUUUCUUUCAGUUUGUGUACUGUUGUGGAAGGUCAAGCAGUUCUUGGACUUUCGCAGGGAACAACAACGCCAUAUACAAGAGAUGACUAAGAUGGCUAGCCGUCCUUUUGCUAAACUUACAGUCUUCUUUGAACCAGAAAAUGACUUGGUAUUUCUGCAUCCUAGACAGAAGCUCCUUCCCAGGAUAAAACAGUACUCACAACUAGGGCAUGAGCCUCAUUAUGCUCACUUCAGGAGAUCAGAGCCUUUUUUGGCCCAGCUUAUGGGUUACUCCUACUCCAGUUUCAAGGUAGGACCUAUUACCCUUGAGCCAACAGAUGACGGAAUGGCUGGGGUAGCCACAGUCUUAUUUCAUUUGCCUGGUGGCAUGCUGGCACCCAAUAGAGCUUGCUUGGGUUCAGCUCUUGUUACACUACGUCACAAUCUGCAGGACUACUGUAGUUCCAGUCAUGGCAUUAGCUCUAGAAAAGGCCUCUUAAGCCAUGAAAAUCUAACUAGCAUGUCACUGUGAGUAAAGGCUGGACCUUUUUUUCCACUUUGCUGUGGCUGUUUUGUUUGUCUUCAAAGAGGGAGGUCAGUUCGUAUGGACACUGGGCAAUGCGCUACAGUGCACUUUUAGACCUUCAUAGGAGUCUGCGUGUAUUUAUUAAACUGAUGAAAAUGUAACAUGAACAUUCUUUGGCAUCUAUCAGAUUUUUCUGUCCCUGUAAAGUUCUAGUCUUGUGUAAAAUGACAUUGCCUGUAUCCUUGAUGUCAACCUAAGUUAGCUUUUUCUGUUCCUGUUCUGGGUUGUCCUUUGAUUUUCCAGCCAUAUUAAAGGAUAGUGUUGGGGGUGGCUUAA